UGAGCUUGAGACGAAGUAACAGACAGUUGAGUGGUAGACUACUCAGCGACGCAGUAGCUUCGCUUGGCAUUUGCCUUUGGCCCACCGACCAAGCUUCUGAUUUUUGUAAAGCAGUUCAGCCUUUCGCUCGAGUUCCAAAUCGUCGUCAACCGGUCAUGCCUCAAACUGAGUCAUAGUCGGCAAAAGAACUUAGUUUUUCUGACGAAGGCUUGGCAUCGUGGUUGUCUCUACCUGCUUGAUUCGCUGUGGGUAGUCUUGCGGAUCCGAUGCGGAUUGGACACGGGAAAGCUUGCUAAGCAGCAGUUCUGUGUUAGAAAAGCGCCAGCGAAGAUUUUCUGACUUGGUAGUCUCACCGGCGGAUAUCGACAUAGCUCAGCACGGUCUGCACGAGUCAGUCGGAUAUCGCCUGCUGCAACAGCUCCAGCGAGCGAAUCCUGUCCUCAAGCUGCCUGGCGAGCAGGACUGAUUGAAAACGAGAAUAGCAGGAGCAAGCUAGGGUCCUCAUCUGUGAUUGCAGAUCUACGCUGGGUUUUGAGUUGAAUCAUUCAACAACCAUGAGCAACGCAUCAAGCCCCAUGGUGGAUGUACCCGCCAUUGACUUCAGUGAACCUCCGGAGAGCAGCGUCACAAGCUCAUUGACAUCGUCGGCCAGGUUCGGCACAACGCCAGGUCGUGAGCGUGACCCUGCAGUGAAUAUCAGGAUAGACCCUGAUGAGCUGAGUAAGAUGAACGUGACCGAGCUGGCUGCUACCCUGCAUCAUUAUAGCACACAGACGAAGGUUCUGAUGCAAGAAGCAACCAUCUAUCAAAGCUACUUUACAAGAUUGAGAAGAAAGGAUCCUGAUGCCUUCAAGGACCUUCCCGUUGCUACCGGUGGUGCAGGACCUGGCACUGGUGUGGAUCGGACGGCUCGUCAGCAACGCAAGAAGCAUGCGAAAGGCGCAGGAAGUGAAAGCCGUCCACUGCGGCUCACCAUGGAGCAGAAGGUCGAUAUCGUAGAGAAGGAGGUCGAGUGUGCUAAGCGGGAGCUUGCCUUCGCCAGAAGAGACUUUGAGGGACAGACUGAGUUACAGCUUGCAAGGAGUGAAGACGCUAAAAUCUGCCUCGACGAACUGCGCAAGAUGGAGUUUGACUUCCAGCGAGACGUCAUUGAGAACGGGAAAAAUCAGUUUACUGGUCAAAUCAUGAGCGAGAAAGUUGUACGCUACUUCGAAGACAAGCUUCGCAAAAGGAAUACACUGAUUGCCAAGCUGCAGCUCAACCUGACGUCAAUGCGCCAGCAGAAAAUGAAAGUUGACGUCCAGCUCCAACAGAAAGAAGAUUCUGGAGAGAGCAUGAAGGCCGUUGACUUUGAGAAGCUCCAAAUCCAGAACCGUGACUACCAGGAGCAAAUCAACCAGAGUGUACAGCAGAUUCUCAAGCUGAAAGUCGUCGCUGCUAGUACGGUGCAAAACUUGCAAGCAUCCAGGAAUGACUUGUCCAAAGUGAUGAAGGAGGCCGAUGCCUUGAAGGGAUCAAUAUCCCAGCGAGAGGAGAUGCUGCGGAAAAUUGACAAAGAACUGGAGACCACAACUCGGGAGUGCGAGGAGGCAAAGUUUGAAAACUUGCGUUUGAAGAAGCUGAAGGAUGACUACAAAGUACCACCGGUGAUGGACUACAUACAAACAACUGCCGAUCUGUACAGUUUGAAAAAGAAGAUCUGUCAGUGGCAGCGCAAGAUUGACAUUUCUGAGAUGGCUAUCAAGACCACCUAUCAGAAACUGGCAAGGCUACGGCACGAGUACAGUGACCUGGUUCGCCAGGCACAGCCGGCCACCCAGGCGCAGAUCUUUGACAGGUACGCAGAGUCGUUUGCAACGCCACCAAUGUCACUGCCGCCGCUCAAGAGCAUCGUCAGGCCCAGCGGCACGGUGGACAGCCGGCCGCUCGCCUUAUAGGAA